AUGUCAAUUGGAGCCUUUGGUCUAUCAACCAGUCCAUUGGUUUGUCUGGCUCUUUUACAUACUGGUGUUCAAGGAAUUCUUGUAACAUUGCUGCUGGAUUUCUUUGCUUCCAAUAACAACCGCCCAAUUUGGUUCAAGACCUACGUUAUUUCUGUCAACGCUCUGGCUGCGGGACAGACAGCUAUGCACAUAGUUCAAGCGUUUGAGAGCAUUGAAUCGAUCGCCCCUAGGACUGAACUUGUGCUUGUAGUUCCGAUGUUGGAGAAUAUACCAACGGCGAUUGUUGCUGAUCACUCCUCUGAUACUACUGUGGGUGAUAACGUUGAUAUCUGCGAUCAUUAUGCAUGUUCGCCCAAUCGCUCUCCUAGAACAACAUCGCCUGAGGUUAACGUCGCAAACGGAGUGUGGUCAUUUAGCUCUCUGGCUUUCGAUCUGAUUACUACCCUCACCAACUUGGCUCUCAAUGAGGGUGCUAUAGUAGUUGUGUGGCAGGUUCUAUGGGGUUCGAUGGCACCUCCAUUAAUACUCAUCAUCCUGACCAUUGUCUAUGGCUAUGUGAUUCCAGACAGCUCUCAAGUUGAGACAGUUAUAGUAGAUGCUAUGAUGGGAAAGGCUUUCGUUUUAUCCCUCAUGGUCAGCAUAGUUGGCCAAGGACACAUUCGCCAGCAAUUUGAGCAACGCUGGACGACCCCCCCUCUAACGAGGCAGAUACCUUCUCGUGCGGGGAUAACUCAAACAGAUUGGCCAUCGGUUCACGUAACUAUACACACCGAACCAAUCGAGCUUGGAACAGUUGCAGAGUUGGCAUCCAACGACACACAAUGCAAGCUCAUUGGAUAA